AACGGUUUUGUUCUGUCCGCCACGACGUUUUUCUUCACCCUCCGUCUAACGUCCUUAUCUUAACACAGUCACUCUUUAUUUCAUUUCCAUCUUUGGGUUCACCAUGUCUUCGAUAGAGGAGAAGGAUUUCGGCGGGAAGGAGGAGGACAUCGAUAUCAGCGACAGUCGCCAGGAUCUGCCGUCGCCCGCGGUUGCACAAGUCCCGAAAGCCAAGCCGAAGCUCUCGGCCACGAUGAUAAUACCUGUCUGGAUCGUACUCAGCUCGUCCGUCAUCAUAUACAACAACUACUUGUACAAUACCCUCUCGUUCAAGUAUCCGGUUUUCUUGGUGACAUGGCAUCUGACGUUUGCGGCUAUCGGUACACGGGUUCUAGAAAGGACAACCACUCUCGUUGACGGUGCAAAGGACGUCCAUAUGUCCAAGGACAUGUUCUUGAAAUCUAUCCUUCCAAUCGGACUCUUGUUCAGUGGAAGUCUUAUCCUCAGCAACACCGCUUAUCUUUACCUCAGUGUUUCCUACAUUCAAAUGCUUAAGGCUUUCACAGCGGUUGCUAUCCUCCUUAUCUCAUGGUGCUUCCGGAUCCAAGAGCCCAAUCGCAAGCUUGCCGUCAUCGUCGUCAUGAUUUCCUCAGGCGUUGCGCUUGCUUCUCAUGGCGAGCUUAGGUUUAACCUCCUUGGUUUCAUCAUCCAGGCAGCCGCAGUCGCUUUUGAAGCAUCCCGGUUAGUGAUGAUCCAAAUCCUACUCCACGGUCUUAAGAUGGACCCGCUUGUUUCACUGCAUUACUAUGCGCCUGUCUGUGCUGUCAUCAACCUCGUAGCGAUCCCAUUCACUGAGGGCUUCGAGCCAUUCUACGAAUUAGCCCGGAUCGGUCCGCUUAUCCUGCUCUCUAAUGCCCUCUGCGCAUUCAUGCUCAAUGUGGCGGCUGUCUUCCUGGUUGGCGUCGGUAGUGGUCUCAUCCUGACCCUCGCCGGAGUUUUCAAGGACAUUCUCCUUAUAACAGGAUCCGUGUUGAUUUUCGGUUCCCCUGUUACCCCUCUCCAAAUCUUUGGUUAUUCAAUUGCGUUGGGAGGACUUAUACUUUUCAAAACGUCCGGUGGUAAAUAAAUUUCUCAUGUGGAUUUUCGCGCUCUCGGCUAGUGUAACACUAUCAAUGAACGACUUCCUGCGGCAGGAUAUUGUUAAGUUACAUAGGAAGUAUUAUAUACAGAUCUUUUUUUAUACUUGUGCUCGCUAGUCUGCCAUCUGGCGUUCGAGUUGUACAUAUUUUCACUCUUUCCAUAGACGAGACGAGAUAGACUUUAAAUAUGCAUGGACAGAGGGCUGUAUCGGAAUGACAGCGCGCCAGGGACAUGGAAGACUUUAAGGGGUACAGGUACAGAUGACGACAACGAACCGGCGCAUCGCUCGAACUAUCCGUAAGGGAUCAGUA